UCCGUUGCUAUGGACCAAGCAGGUUACCCCAGUCCUGCUCCGGGGGCCAAGAACUCUUUGACCAGCCUUGAGUCAUCGUGAGUGUAUCUCAGCCCACGUGGGGCAGGCUGGAGUUCAGACUGGCAAUGCCUGCCGGGAGCUCUGCUGCUUGGAACAUGGGAUCCAACCAGAUGGGCAGAUGCCCAGCGACAAGACAAUCGGGGGAGGGGAUGACUCCUUCAACACCUUCUUUAGUGAAACUGGGGCUGGCAAACAUGUGCCCCGGGUGGUGUUUGUGGAUCUGGAGCCCACUGUGAUUGAUGAGGUUUGGACGGGCACGUAUCGCCAGCUCUUCCGUCCAGAGCAGCUCAUCACCGGCAAGGAAGAUGCUGCCAAUAACUAUGCCCGUGGCCACUACACCAUCGGAAAGGAGCUCAUCGACCCGGUGCUGGACCGGAUUCGGAAGCUGGUGAGAGAAGAGCUGAGGGCUGGGGGAAUCUGGAUUCCUGUUGUGAAGUGGUCUGGAGACCAGACAGGGGAAGGGCACCUUCCAUCCUUGGGAGAGUCUCCUGGACAAGCAUUAAACACACAGGAUCAGGACUAGUGAGGAGGGGAGGCAGAGUAUGGGCUCCAGUCUGGAGCUGGGUGUCCCUUUUAUCUUCUAUAGUAAGUGGCCCGAUGCUGGGCAGAGUGGCUGCCAGUUGAUAGGCUGCCUGGCCAAGAUAUGAGCACCCAUAAGCAGUCCCAGAAUGCCACCUUGUAUUGUAGGUAUGUGGGCAGAAGGCCCUGUGAAAAACAGGGAUCCAAACAAUACCAGCUCAAGGCCCUCUGAUCAACUUCGGCCUCCAGCAAGGACAGGGAUC